AUGAUGGUCCCGACUAGUCUCGCGGUCGCGCUCUCGUUGACUGCUGUUGCAACAGCGUAUAAGCCCACCGAAGCGUCCUUUAACUGGGUAGACAUAAAACAGUUCUUCGCCUUCGGCGACUCGUACACAUUCGUGCAAGGAACUGCAGGAUACGCGAACUUCAGUUUUAUUGGGGACUUGAUCUACAACCCGAACUGGACCGCUCAUGACCUUCUCUCGAACAAGAUCAUACCUCACAACACUAGUUCGGACGGUUCGAACUGGGUUGAAUACCUGACGGGGUGCUUCUCCGGCUCUCCUCUCCACUGCUCACGCCAGCUCUGGGACUUCGCCUUCGCCGGGUCUGACAUCACAGAAGACCUUCUUCCGCUCCAUCACAACUUCACGAGCCCUCUCGACGUUCAGGUUGCACAGUUCGUCAAGAAUGGCGCAUUAGAAGCUAUCCCGAAGGUCGAGGACCACGAGCGAAUCACGGCGUGGUGGAUCGGAAUCAACGACACCGGCGACGUUCUCGGGCACAAUAUCACCGACUUGACAGCUUUCUGGGCAGAAGAGAUGACCUCCUACUUCAACGCUGUCGAGCGCGCCUACUCAUUCGGUCUUCGCGGCGCCUAUCUCUUCAUCAACGUCCCACCUGAAGACCGUUCCCCGAAUGACCUCGGAACAACACGCCAAGCAGCCGCAGCGGAGAGCAUCGCGGGGUACAACUCCGCACUCGCAUCAAGCGUCGCCAACUUCAGCGCGAGCCAUCCAGAUUUGCAUGUUAGCAGCUUUGACGCGCAUGCUUGGUUCGGCAAGGCUUUAGAUGAUUACGAAGAGCUUGGCUUCAAGAAUGUCACCGGAUUCUGCACUUGCGAAGACGAUAGCUACUUCUGGUACAAUACGGGGCAUCCCACCCAACGAGUUCAUAAGCUGCUUGCGGCUGCGAUUGAGGAGCAGCUGGUCAAGGAGUCCAAGAGUUCACAUCGCUGA